GUUGUGUGUGUGAGAGGGUAUUCUGAAUAAUGUCCCUCACGGCCCCUCAUAGAAUCUCAGCAUCACACACACACACACUCACACGCACACACACACACACACACACACACACACACACACACACACACACACACACACACACUAGAGCUCCGCCACAGCCUGCAGCUGCAUUGACGGUAAACAGCGAGGUAGCGCAUGGGCAGCCGGCGUAGAAUGAUCCCACAUCGCAUCGCAUCCCCGGGCAGACAUGGCGUCCUCGCAGCGAGCCGUGCAUUCAGUGGGCAGAGUGACGAGAUAGCAGCCAAUUACUCUUCUCUUUUUUGUUUCUCUCUCUUUUUUGUCUUCUUUUGUUGUUGUUGCAGCCAUCAUUCUCUGCGUCGGUGUGCAGCCGCAGCCGCAGCAGCGGGGAGGAGGAUUUAGCACACGCUGCUACUGUAGGUAUCUUUGAUUUUGUUCUGGAUCAAGACGAUGGAUGCGGGCUCCUCCGGACCCAUUCCUGCAUACACGGCGGACGGGCGCGACUUUCUAUUCCAAACGCAUCCGCAUCUCCCGUAUGUUGCAAGGUGUCUUUGAAAAGCGCACGGACCUCUGGAGGAAAUGAGAAGGCAGGUCUAUUUUGACUCACGCCUGUCGAGAUGGUGAGUGAAAUGCACGGCUUGUUUUCCUCCUCUCCAUCCCUGCAGCCCUCGGUGUGAGAGGUACCUGCUGUUCACGGCAAAUCCUCGCCAGCUAAUUAGAAAUGGUGUCUCGUGCAUUGACUGACCGGCGCGUUCCCAUUUUCACCGGGGUGCAUAUGUAUACAUCGUUAAUUAUUUUGAACACAUCAAUGCAUUUGGACAGUUCGUGCUUGAUGUUGUUUUCUUCUUCUCUCUCCAUUGAAUGUGAUUCACUCCCAGCUGUGUUCGCAGAGCUCAGACUGGAGGCUACAUUUGUCAGCAGCAUCCUCCACGCUAUUAUUUAUAUUCUGCGCGUUGUCGGUGCGCAAAAGGGUGCCGUGUUAGGCAACCCACGAAAUAUUCUCGUGACUCUCUCAACAUUCUCACCCUCAUCGAUGCACAAGUCACGCCUAAAGACAACCAUUUUAAGCAGCGACCACAGCAUCACGUUUUAAAAUGACCUUCAGUGCUCGGUGGCUGGAAAUUCAUUCUCACCUGGGAUGGAGUGUCCUUCUAUAAUCAAUGUCCUCGUGACAGAAUAGACAUAAAUCAGAGUGAGAAUAGCGGGGGAAAUGUCAUUUUGCAGGACACCAGUGCUCCCCUUUUGCCCUUUAGCCUAACUGUUAUUAAAACACACCAUGUGAUGCAUCUCGGUGACUGAUGAUGUUCAAUCUGUGGAUGUGUUUUUUUUCUGCCCCUCUCCAGUCAUUCCAAAGUAGCCUCGCUGCAGACUUCUCACCCAUGCGGCGCUCUGUCCUAAAUACAUCACAGUGCAUUUGACAAAACGCCAGUUAUGUUAUUCAAAGUCUGAAUGGAUGCUCGAGUCUCCGUCAGGACUCAGUUGUUUCUGCGGAGAUGCAAAGAAGAGAGGACAAUAAUAACCGUGUGAGCCAUACCCUCUGUGACCUCAGCAUCCUCAGUCACCAUGGAGACAAUAAUAACCUCAUCACACACUGCAUAUCUAAUAGGCCUGAUUGUUCUCUGUACUACCGCACACUUCAGCCUUUCCCAAUCCAUAAUGCGCUUAAUAUAUUUAACAGCAUGGUAUGCAUGGACUGCAUACUGUCGAGCAAAGAGCGUCUCACUGCUGCUCCCGGGAAGCACGUUACAGCUGUGGAAGAGGAUUUGCCGACAUGGAAAUGUAUUGAUACUGAAGCCUUUAAAAGGGAAACACUCAUCUGGCUGUAGUGCAUGUGGCCUUUGGGGGCAGAUAUGUGUAUCUAAGUCACAUCUGGGGGGAAAAGGGUGCUGUCAUACAUGAAGUCAAUCUCUUUCCCCUAUGUGACAUGUUGGACCAAUGAUUCGAGGACAUGUCGUGCUGGAGCAGGUGGUGACUCUGCUUCAGUGAUGCAUACGAGGUAUUUGUCUGCCUCUUCAAGCAACAUGCAGGUGUGUAGAGCCCCAGAGAGCUGGAGGGUCGGGGGUCUUUGUACCAGUGGCGGUUCGUCCAUAGGGGGCGCUAGGGCGCCGCCCCUCUUAAAAUGUGUAGAUGAAAAAGAAAAGAAGAAAAAAAACAUCCUGUCAAAAAACAUAUGCCAAAUCAUUUAAAUAGUAAAUAUACCGUGUUGACGCGCUAACUGUGUGUGGGAGACCGUCAACCUGUCAACAACCACUUAAGUUAAUGUGAAAAUAUAUAAUAUAUCGCCAUUAUCACGGAGAGAAGCCCCUCCCCUUUUUAGAGGCGAUCUAACGUGUGUGUGCGGCAUCGAGAAAAUAUUUCAGUCGUUUCGGCAAGGACGGCUUCUCAUUGGAGGAUGAAACGGGAAUCUUGGGGCACAAAAAUGUGCGCCCUGGCCAAUGACAUCGUUUUAUUAUUUCACGUGACUGGACUAUUCGGCAGAUCAGAGACGUAUCGUUCCCUCAGCCAGAGAGCUCCACGGAGCUACGAGCAGGUAGCUAACGGAGCUGUUAGCUGGAGCUCAGUGAGUAAUGCGCUGUUUAAUUUCCCCUGUCUGUUGUUCCAAAGGGACUGAAACUCUCUGGACUACAACGGGGGGAGGGAUCUAAAGAGCUGCAGACAAGUGAGGCGUCAUUAAGAAGACCUGUGCAUUCAGGAUCAAACGCACCUCAUUAGAUCAUUCAGGAUCAUUGUUAAUCUGCGUGAGAGCAAAGGGGCAUCUCCUAGCCGUGACCUUGUUGUUGGUCUAUGAGCCGUGAAUCACAAAGAAGAUUGAUCCCACCGGCGACCCAAUGUAGGAAUCGCUCCCUAAGAUUCCCAAAACCUCUACUCUUGCUUGGAUUUCAGCAUUCGGUCAAAUCCACCAGGACAGAGUAUGCCAUCUGCACCUUUUCACAGAAUCCUACGACCCCUUCUGCUCGGCACUUUCAUUCUGGGAUGCUUUGUGACUCUGUGUUUGAUGUAUUUUAAACCAUCCACCAGCUGGUUGUCGGGUCCUGUAGAGUCGACAGUGUCCACAGAUCGGCUCAAGAACCUCUUCUCCAACAAGAGUGAUAGAAACGUGACCACCUUGCUGAUCUGGCUGUGGCCCUUCGGACAAACCUACGACCUGGGCGUGUGCAGCUCCCUCUUCAACAUCGAAGGCUGCUUAAUCACAGCGGACAGGAACCUCUACAACAAGUCGGAUGGGAUCAUCAUCCAUCACAGAGACAUCUGCACCGACCUGUCCAACCUGCCGCCGCUCCAGCGACCAUCCUUCCAGAAGUGGAUAUGGAUGAACUUGGAGUCGCCGUCGCACUCCUCCCAGCUGCCUGGGAUCGAGAACCUGUUCAACCUGACUCUCAAUUACCGUCAGGAUGCUGACAUCGAAGUGCCUUACGGGUCCAUUGUAGCGGCGGAGGGCGAGGAGGACUUUGUCCCGCCCAGCAAAAACAAGCUGAUCUGCUGGAUUGUGAGCAACUGGAACCAGGACCACGUGCGGGUGAAAUACUACAAUGAGCUGUACAAACACAUCGAGGUUCACGCGUACGGACAAGCCUUCGGGGAGUACAUCUCGGACCAGGACUACUUCCCCACCAUCGCCGGCUGCAAGUUCUACCUGGCUUUUGAGAACUCCAUCCACAAGGACUACAUCACUGAAAAACUGUUCAACCCGCUGUCCGUGGGCUCAGUGCCAGUGGUUCUGGGCCCGCCGAGGCAGAACUACGAGAACUUUAUCCAAGGGGACGCCUUCAUCCACGUGGACGACUUCACCUCGCCCAAGGAGCUGGCCGAUUACCUGCUGCUCUUGGACAAGAACGAGGAAAUGUACCUCAGGUACUUUGAGUGGAGGCGACACUUUAAAGUAAAGAAGUCCUAUUUCUGGGCAGAGCACACAUGCCUGGCUUGUGAUUACCUGCGUCGGCACAAAGAGUACAAGGCAUUCAAUAACCUUGACAAGUGGUACUGGGGGGAGUAGGACUGGGAAGGGCUAUGCAGUGCUUGUUUUGAGUCGAAGGCCGUGCUUUAAGUCGUUGUUGUCCGUCGGUUAACAUGAAGGCUCUUCAUCGUCGUCUCCACAGCUCCCGAAAUUAUGUAUUUGUUAUCGAUUCAGUGGCCCAGUGAGACAUCGUCUUGUUUUUUUAAUUAUUUUUAAUUAUUAGCAAGUCAAUUUUGCCAAGCCUUACUUUGCCUUUUGCAUUAAUCAUGUCUUAAUUAUUUUUUAAAUAAUUAACAAUGCACAACAUUUGUUACUGUCAGUUCAGUCCAUGUUUUGCUUAACAUGACAACAUUUGCUGCUAUUCUUUUUAUAUGUGCGUUCUAUUUUUUUGUAUGGAUGCUUAGUUGUAUGGAUGUCAUGAUGCAGAGUUGCUGUUUUUUUUAUAUCCCCUUUUCAUUAAGCAGACAUUAGAAUAGUGUUGACUGCAGAAGAAGAUUGACAUAAUAUUUAUCUAAUAUUUAUUCAAGUAAGGUAAUAUGAUAAGUAAAAACAAUCUCAUAUGUGCUAGUGAGGCAGUCACCUAUGCAGUGUUUGCUGAACUCAAAUGUGAAAGUAGUUAAUUGUGUCAUGUACAUAUUAAGUAUUUUUGGAAAUGUGUAGCUGUCAUUUUAUUUCCCAUCAUUUUGUGAGUUUGCAUUUGCGCUGCUGAUCCAACCGCGACCUAUCUUUACAUAUGUACAGUGAGACGGACGGACGCUGUGUGGUUGUCGAUGGCAUAUGGUGAUCGUUACCCGGUUGUCCCCGACAGCAGCCGUAACCGCUCGUGAGAGGGAGGUUACUAUUUUAAUCGUGUUGUGAAUUGUUCACUGUCACAUGUGAUGUGUCUAAGUCCUGCAUGGGGGAUGCUGGCGCAGCACAGAGCCCCUGUGCUGCAGCACGACACCUCAUUGUGUUGCAUCCUGAUUUGAUUUGUAAUUUUGAAUUGAAUAAAGUGUUGGGAAAGAGCACAACAUUAAUUACUGAAACUAUUUUGCUGUGCAUACUGUCCUGACAUCCUUCAAUGUGACAUUAAAUAUUCACGCCGAUCGUUUUCACGACGUCAAGCAGAUGUUCCCGCAUGUGGGAAGCGGGCGUGAAUCAGGAUGAAAUACGAUCGGGUGGGAUCGGCCCGCGUGUCUGGGGACUGUUUGGUACCCGUUUCUUUGAAGAGAAAAGUUAAAGAUGACUGCCAGAUUAUCCGUAUUGCUACCUUUGAAUCAUCCCAUCGUCGCGAUGUGGUGUGUGGGGCAGUUCGAGGUUGCAUGUGAAAGAUAUUUUUCUUUUUCUGGAUGUUUUUGUGUUUUUCUUUGCACUCCUGUUUACAGCGCUGUCUGCCAACCGUACACCGCUCAAGAUCACGCCAGAGAAAUGCAUCAACAUCUGUAGAUACCGCAUCACUUUUAAACAUCGGCACAUCUCAUCCACUGAACAAUGCAUCUCAACAGCACUCAGCAGCUAUUGACGUCACGGUUUUGUUUUGACAGAAAGAACUGUGCAAAACCACGUCAACAUUUUAUGCAAGAUGAGCCGGCGUCUUUUUGGUCAAAGUACUCCAACAUGUUUCAGGUUAUUAUCAUUUUGAUAUUUCUUCACUGUCAAAGGGACCAUUGAUGUAAACUAGGAGGAAUCUAAUUAUUUUUCUUAUGGGAUAUGGUUCCAAACGCCAUAGUAAAAGCUGUAUAUAAACCUUGUAGUGAACCGAAUCAUCGUCUGGAUCAAACCAGCCAACUGACACCGAUCAUUGCUGUAUGUGCAAAGGACUGAGCUCAAACAUUUGUUUGCAUUUAUGGGGAAAAGAAACAACGUGUUGUACAUAUUUUCAUUGUUAUAAAGAUCUCUUUAUAAGAUGCAAGGGUUGUGAGGCGGUGAAUGUGACUUUGAAAGGCUUUGAGUGGAGGUGAAGGGGGAGUGACGCUUGGAAAGGAUUACCGGAGUCAACAAUGGUUUUAGUGUUAAAGUGGAUGUUUUCAUCAAGGAAAGGAAACUUGACACCAACUUUUUCUUCUUCUUGUGACUCGGCGGUAAUCCUCAAGGAAUGACCAAAACGCAGCAGAGGUUGGUCACGUGGAGUUGAGUCACUGCUGGCCGUCUGUCGAUGGAGCCGUCGUGAGUUCUGAAACCGUCAUCCACGACUCGGCCGUCGCGUAGAUUAACAAUGAAGUUUCGUAUUGUCGGGUCCGAUCUCAUGUGUGAAAACAAAGGUUUCUUGUCCACUGUGGUUGGUGACUUAAACGAACAAACUUUCUUUUUUCUCCUUCGUGCUGUCUGUCUCUCUCCUCCUCUAUUUUAUUUUGCACAAAACAAACAGGAGGAGCUGUGGCUGCUCCGUCCCGUCCGAGCCUGUGAGCGUCACAGCAUUAUGAGUCGGGAUGUCUCUGGGUUCUGUCCGACCUGGCGCUGGUCCUUAAAAACACUGACCACCCAGUGGGAUGAAAUCUUUGUGUGGUUGAACGUGACGAUUUCAACAGAAAUGCUCAUUUUCUGCCAGUUCACUGAACUAAUCAGUGAAUCAAUCAGUUUUUUGCCAAAUUGUUGUGUUUUGCCAAAUGUUGUGUUUUAACUGUAAAUGUCUGAUAGUGUCAAAGAAAAUAAAGUUAUGGACAAAUGAGGAAACAUGA